AUGAGUGUUCCUCCGCAGUAAUGAUAGUUGUUGUACUGCACAGAGGCCUGGUACUUUAUGGAAUAGGGCUCAACCUCCUGUCCUCCAAUGAUUCUCUGCUGCAGCGAGCCUGUGGAUGAGGUCUGGACUUUGUUCAGGGGCGCAUUGUUGGUGGAUAUACCCCCUCGCCAAAUUCAAUCAAAUACAUAGUGUCGUUACAGACCUCAAAAGGGCAGCACUUCUGUGGAGGAUCUCUGGUCCAUAAGUACUGGGUGCUUACAGCCGCCCAUUGCAAUAUUGGGAAGGAUAAGAUGAUGGUGGUGGCUGGAGACUAUACUCUAGGUGUUUAUGAGGGGACAGAGCAGUACUCCAAGCCUCUGUCACUCAUCCCGCACCCUCUCUACAACAGGAGCACCAAUAAUGCAGAUAUUAUGCUCAUAAAGCUUAGUUCGCCUAUAGAGCUGAACAGGUACGUGUCGCUCGCCCCACUCCCCAAACAGAACACAGGGCUGUUGGCGGGCAGAAUGUGCCGGGUGUCUGGAUGGGGCUCCACCAGCCACAGUGGAGGUCUGAACCCUCUCACCCUGCGUACGGUCAAACUCCCCAUCGUCUCCACCUCCAAGUGCAACAGCAGUGACUCCUUCAGCGGAAACAUCACAACAAACAUGAUCUGCGCGGGGUCCAGAAUGGGAGGAAAAGAUGCGUGUAAGGGGGACUCCGGAGGGCCGCUGGUGUGUGAUGGACGGGUCUACGGCCUGGUCUCUUGGGGAAAUGGCUGUGGAGAUCCAAAGUUUCCAGGGGUGUAUACGGCCGUGUCCCGGUUCCGCCGGUGGAUUGACCAGACCAUAUACAGCCCAUACUCACGAUGCCUUAAGUCAGCUGGUCUUUUCAGCAGGGAAGACUAAACUUGUGUUUGCAUUCAUGCAACGUGCAAACAAUAUUCUUUAAUUAUAGGUACCUUUAUCCCUGUCGACUUUUUGAAAAUAAAGUCUCCUAAAACAUGCAUUUCA